AUGGGCUGGGCAACUGAAGGUUUAAAUCCCUAUCCAUGGAAAGGUCGUGGUGUUCGUGAUGAUGAAUAUUCAUGGUCUUAUGAUGGUUCCCGUGGCACCUUAUAUCAUAAUGUCGAAGGGUUUUUCGAAGAACGUACACGGUGGACGAGAGAUGAUGCUUGUGGAUGUGGAACUGAGAUUAAUGGAGAUAAUACAGUCAUUGAAAUUUGGUUAAAUGGUGAAUACUUGGAUACAGCCUUUCGCAUCAGUCACAUACUUCUACGCGAUUUUGUAAAUGAACAACAUAUUCCAACCACAUUAACAUCAAAAAAUAUUAAUACUCAACAUAAAAAAUUAAAACUGAAAAAUACUGGCAUUGUUUUAUCAAUUGAUAUGCAUGUUUAUAAUGAGACAUUCACUGCAUUUACAAUUAGUUUUGAUUUUGAUUUUCCAAAAGACAAGAAAAUGCAUUUACGUUUAAAAAAAACACAAUUUUCACGUAAAUUAUUCUUGUUUAUUGGCAAAUUUGAUUCUAAUCUAUGGAAGAAAAAGAAGAAAAAUAUUGAUAUAGAUGAAUCCAAAUAUUUCAAAGUAUUAUCCACAGACACGGUCACAGAUACUGAAUAUGCAAUAAGAUUGUUUGGAAAUAAUAGUUAUUUAAUAUUAGAAAAAACAACUUUUGAUGAAAAUUUAAAUGAACAUGGAAAAACUGAAACAAAAUCUGUAGACUAA